AUGAAGUUCUCAAUCGUCGCUCUUCCAGCCCUUUUUCUUGGUGCGUGGGCUGCACCAACUGCCAUGCAGAGCAAGCGUCAGCAACUCGAUGGCGUUACCAGCCUUGUCUCUGGCCUGCUCGACAACGUUCUUUCCUCGACCGGCACAAUCAACAAGACAAUCGACGGCGUCUCUGGUGUCAACGUUGACAAGGAGGUCAAGGCCGCUAUCAAGCUUAACAUCAAGACCAUCGUCAACGACGUUGAGGAUGUCGUUCCGCAAAUCGCCGAGCUCAAGAUUGCUGAUAGUCUUCUCAAGGAGGUUGAGAACUUCGUCUCUGGUCUCGUUUCGCAAGUCGUUGAGGAAGUUAGCACCACCCUGAAGAUUGUUGAGGACAUGAUCCCAGUUGACGACAUCACCGACGAAGUCUCCGACCUGACUGGCUCUCUCUCCGGCCUCCUCAGCGGACUCGAGAAGCUCGGCCUGACCAACAUCCUCAGCACCGUCACCGGCCUUCUCUCCGGCACCGGCGCUCUCUCCACCGUCACUGGCCUCCUCAGUGGCCUUCCCCUCGGCCUAUAA